CCCUUUGCCUACUGCCCAGGGACCCAGGACCGAAGGGAGGAAGGAGCAGAAGAAGGUAGCGCCAAUCGCUCCAUCCGUGCGUUUGACCACCAACUUCAUCGGAGGCGGGUUCCUCCUUCCCCAACUCUUUCCAAGUGAAUUCCGUGGAAUUUUUUCAAGUGCUCCUUCCUCUCCCCGCAGGGAACCUCCCCCCCCCCCCGAAACCAUUUCCUUUCGGGAGUUUGGAUGGCAGCGCCCCGGGCUUGGCAUUAAAAGGGGGAGCAGGCGAAAGGAUCCCCUUGAAGCGAACGAGCGAAGUCAAAGGGAGAGACGCAGCAGCUGAUUUUGCUGGCUGGUUUACCGGAAUGCUGAACAUGGCGAUGAGGACCGCUGGACCCCUCGCCCUCGCCUUGGGUUUAGUCAUCCAUCUCUUCCCUCCGGUCCAACCCGCUGAGCAGGAAUCCUAUCAGUCGCCCCUUCCUGCAGAUAAGCUUUUAAUUCUAACUAUCGCAACCAAGGAAACAGAUGGCUUCCACCGAUUUAUGCAAUCAGCAAAUUACUUCAACUACACAGUAAAGGUCUUAGGCAAAGGUGAAAAGUGGAAAGGAAGAAAUGGACCGAAUUCUAUUGGUGGAGGCCAGAAAGUACGUCUGAUAAAAUCUGCAUUGGAGACGUACGCUGAUCAGGAAGAUUUGGUGCUUAUGUAUGUGGACUGCUACGAUGUUAUAUUUGCUGGAGGACCUGAGGAAUUAUUGAAGAAAUUCCAGCAAGUUAAUCACAAAGUUGUAUUUGCAGCAGAUGGCUUGAUAUGGCCUGAUAAAAAAUUGUCUGACAAAUACCCGAUUGUCCGCAGUGGAAAACGAUUCCUUAAUUCUGGAGGAUUUAUUGGUUAUUUGCCGAAUGUAAAUGAUAUUGUACAACAAUGGGACCUCCAAGAUAGUGAUGAUGAUCAGCUUUUUUAUACAAAAAUUUAUAUUGAUCCACUGAAGAGGGAACGUAUCAAUAUUACCUUGGAUCACAAAUGUAAUAUUUUCCAGACUCUAAAUGGAGCUGUUGAUGAAGUUCUUCUAAAAUUUGAAGAUGGAAGAGCCAGAGCAAGGAAUUCUAUAUAUGAUACUCUGCCAGUCACUCUUCAUGGAAAUGGCCCAACAAAACUUAAUCUCAAUUACUUUGGAAAUUAUAUACCUAAUGGCUGGAAUCGUGAAACAGGAUGUGGUGUCUGUGACUCAGAUUUAUUAGAAAUAGCUACAUUGUCUGAGGUGCCAGCAGUAACAAUUGGUGUUUUCAUUGAACAACCAACGCCUUUCCUAUCAAAGUGUUUAGACAGAAUAUUGAAUCUGGAAUAUGCAAAAGAAAAACUUAGCAUAUUCAUUCAUAAUAAUGAGGUUUAUCAUGAAAAGGAUAUAAAAUACUUUUGGGAAAAAGCCAAGAAUAUAAUUAAAACUAUAAAAAUUGUUGGACCUGAAGAAAAUCUGAGUCAAGCCAAUGCCAGGAACAUGGGAAUGGAUAUUUGUCGACAGAAUAAAGAAUGUGACUACUAUUUCAGCAUUGAUGCAGAUGUUAUUUUAACAAAUCCAAAUAUUCUGAAGCUUCUAAUAGAACAAAAUAGAAAGAUAAUUGCACCUCUUGUAACACGUCAUGGGAAACUCUGGUCUAACUUUUGGGGUGCAUUAAGUGCUGAUGGGUAUUAUGCACGAUCUGAAGACUACAUAGAUAUUAUCCAAGGAAACAGAAUAGGUGUCUGGAAUAUCCCUUUUGUGGCUAACAUAUACUUGAUCAAAGGACAGACUCUCAGAUCCGAGAUGAAGGAAAUAAAUUAUUUUGGUCGUGAAAACUUGGAUUCUGAUAUGGCUAUGUGCAGGAAUGCCCGGGAAAUGACCAUACAGAGGGAAAAAGACUCCCCUUCUGUGGAGACCUUCCAUAUGCUCAGCCCCCCAAAGGGAAUAUUUAUGUACCUCACUAACAGACAUGAAUUUGGGAGACUUGUAUCAACUGCUAAAUACAAUACUUCUCAUUACAACAAUGACCUUUGGCAGAUCUUUGAAAAUCCAGUGGAUUGGAAGGAAAGUUACAUAAAUCCCAACUAUUCAAAAAUCUUUACUGAAAGUAUAGUAGAACAGCCCUGCCCAGAUGUGUUUUGGUUCCCCAUAUUUUCCGAAACAGCCUGCAAUGAAUUAGUAGAGGAAAUGGAACACUUUGGACAGUGGUCUGGUGGAAAACAUCAUGAUAGCCGCAUUUCUGGAGGCUAUGAAAAUGUUCCAACAGAUGACAUUCACAUGAGGCAAAUUGGCCUGGAAAAUGUGUGGUUGCAUUUUAUCAGAGAAUUCAUAGCACCUGUAACUCUAAAAGUAUUUGCUGGCUACUAUACAAAGGGUCAUGCCAUGUUGAAUUUUGUUGUGAAAUAUACUACUGAAAGACAGCGCUCUCUCAGACCUCAUCAUGACUCAUCUACAUUUACCAUCAACAUUGCCCUUAACAAAGUAGGAGAAGAUUUCCAAGGAGGUGGAUGCAAAUUUCUGAGAUACAACUGUUCAAUUGAAUCACCUAGAAAAGGAUGGAGUUUCAUGCAUCCAGGAAGACUUACUCAUUUACAUGAAGGACUUCCAAUUUUGAAAGGAACAAGAUAUAUUGCAGUAUCUUUUAUUGACCCUUAAUUUUAUUUUCCUGGCAUUCAGAGAACAUACAAGAAACUUUUAUUUAUAUUUUUUUCUCCCAGAUGACAGUGACAAAAGAAGCUUCUUCUAGACAGCUGCUUUAUUUUGGGCUAAGGUUUUA